GGUCGCCUCGCUGCCCAUUGGUGCUGCAGGAGGUCUGUUCCUCCCCCCGAGAGGAAACUCUGAGGAGUGGGAGCAGAGAAGGAGCUCAGAGUGAGCUAUUUCCUCUAAUUAGCAGCCUCUCGUCUCUGGCAGCCUCUCGUCUGAAGAGCAGAAGAAGAAAUAACGGACAUGGACUCCUGCGCUCUGGAGCUGCUGGCCAUGCUGCUGUUCGUGGCGGCGUGGCUCUGCGUGUUAGCAUCUACCCUCCUGCCGCAGUGGCUAACCAUGUCCACCGCCCUGCUGCCAGUGGAGAGCUACGAGCUGGGCCUGUGGGAGACCUGUGUGGUGCAGGACGUGGGGGGGAUGGAGUGCCGGGCCUACGACAGCCUGCUGGGCCUCUCCAGAGACCUGAAGCUGUCUCGUUUCCUCAUGUGUGCUUCGCUGGCCGUGGGCGUGCUGGGCCUGCUGGUGGCGACGCCUGGACUCCACAUGGUGAACAGCUGCAGGGGGGGCCCCAAGAGGAUUUUGACCAGCAUAGGGGGGGUGCUGGGGGUUGUGUCUGGAGUGCUCUGUCUCGUCCCAGUGUCCUACAUGGCACACUUGGCCGUCAUGCAUUUCUUUGACGAUAAAGUGCCGGAUGUGGUUCCUCGGUGGGAGUUUGGAGACGCUCUAUUCAUCGGCUGGGCGGGGGGGUUCCUGCUGGUGGUGGCCGGGCUGCUGCUGGUCUCAGCCUGCUGGUAUUCACCGGGGGGGGGAACUGAGCCGGCGCUGCAGCGCAGGUACCAGGUGAUGAGCACCGACGUGUCCUUCAAGAAGCGAUCCGAGUACGUUUAGAGGACGACGACUUACCUGCACCAGGACCACCACCACCUGUACACCUCUAGACCUGUAGACCUGCACCAGGACCACCACCUGUAGACCUCUAGACCUGUAGACCUGCACCGUGACCACCACCUGUACACCUGUAGACCUGUAGACCUGCACCAGGACCACCACCUGUACACCUCUAGACCUGUAAACCUGCACCGUGACCACCACUUGUACACCUCUAGACC